GUGAUCCCCGCAAUCGAAGAUUCUGAGCGGGUCAUCCAAGUCAAAGAGAACAACACUCUGAACAUUGAUUGCAUCGCUAGUGGUAUUCCUACUCCUCAGAUUAGCUGGAAAAAAGAUGGACAACCUCUAGAUGAGAAUUUAGAGGUACAAGGAAGUCGCUUGCUGGUUCCUCAAGCGACUGCUUCCGAUGCCGGUAGAUACACUUGCACUGCUCGCAACGAAGCCGGUCAUGCCUCGGCCGAUUUUGCAGUCGACGUUUUUAGCCGGCCAAGGUUCAAAGAUAUAAAGAAGGAAGUUCAGGUAAUUGAUGGAGAUCAAGCCCGUCUUGAGUGUAAAGUUGAAGGACAUCCGACACCAACUGUUAGGUAAAA